GAGAGAGCAGUGUCACUUGUGCGGUCGUCCAGUGAGGGCCGCACGUUGGUGGUGGUGCUGGGAGUGCCAACACGUGUCUUGGAGAGUGAAACAAGGGGGGGAGGGAAAGGAAAGCAGCCCCGGAAGGCAGCAGCAGCAGCAGCAGCAGCAGCAGAGUUCGAGUGAACCUCGAGAAAGUUUUCUUUUUUUUUAUUUUUUUGUUUGCAAGUUUUGGUGGUUGUUUUUUUUUUUUUUAUAAGUGUCUUAUACAAAAGGAAAUCGAAAGGAGAAGACGAGACGAAGACGUCUCUCUCGGGCCGAAGAAGGCUUUUUUUGGAUGCAGGUUUCAGUCGAAAGAGAUUUUCGGAAGGUGUUCUUUCAAGACAGAGAGAGAGAGGUUACCUCCUCCGAAGGUCGUCUUCCCCUCGAAGGAAGGACCCAGAUACUCCGAAGGGGGAAGAAGUUGAGGACGAAGAAGGCCCACGUGCUGGCCACAGCCACGUCAAAGAAGUCACUGGUAGGCGGCGUCGAGAGUGAGGAAGAGAGAGAGAGAGGGAGGAGUGAGGGGCGCCUCCGUCUUGUAAACAUAUCGAGGGCGUGUGGUUGGGCGCCGGUGUUUACAUGAUGACCGUGGCAGAGGCGGAGUUGGUGAGGCGGGCGGCGGAAAAAGGUCGGAGUGCAUCAUUUUGCGCUCCGUCCCAGCCGCUGUCCGCCCUCCACUCCGCGCACUCGUCCUCCGACAUCGAUAUGGACGCCCGAGCGCACGCCGCGGCCUUCCUGCAGGCGCAGCAGCAGGCGUCGUCCAGUCCCAGGGCGAGGCUGAAGUCCACCAGCUCCGCCAGGCGGUCGCAGUCCUGCAAGGUGCAGGGGUCGCGGCCUCCGCGCGUACGGCGGCGGGAGUCCCCCAGGGGCUCCGAUCUGGCCAUCCAGCUCGACGAGGUGGCCAACGCCGCCUUCGCCCGAUGCGCCGCUGAGCAGCAGCAGCAGCAGCUGGAAGAUGCCUCCUACAACCCUUUCCUUCGGAAGGUCCCCUCAUGCGGGAGGCUGGUCACCCUGGCCCCCGACGGUGGCGCCAGCGGCGAGGAUGCCGAGGGAUCGCCUGUCCUGCGGAGGACGGCAUCCGCUCGCCGGCCCCGUCCUCAGAAUGGUUCUUCCCCGAACCACUCCCCGACGCCCACGAGGGUUGUGCGUCCGUCGCAGAAGAGCCGCUCGACGAAGCGCCCUAGUGCGAAUGCUAGCGGCGGAUCCCGACGGGGUGGAGGAGGAGGAGGUGGGGGAGGAGGAGGAACCAGCUACCUCGAUGUCAAGCCUUCCGGAUCGAACGAGGGACUCGACGAUUCUUAUCUUCUCAGGAGUUUCGCCACUACGACUAAAGGCAUCAUCAACCGCGGAGAUUCCUUCCGCCGUCGACGAUCUCGAAGCAACAGCAUCCAGCCACCAAUGGAGGGGCCCCUCUGCGGGACCCCACCGAAUAUUCCCUCCUCCCUGGACUUGGCUACGCCCCCUCAGACCCCUGACCACUCGGGAACGACUCCAACACCGCAGGGCUUAAAACUGAUAAGGGGUUUUGGAAUCAGACAGGUGGCGACUCCAGAUUCCGGAGGAGACUCGGAGCCCGUCUCCAGCUUCCGGAUGGCCAUUUUGGGCGCGACUGGAGUGGGCAAGACUGCCCUCAUCCACCAGUUUAGGACAUCGGAAUGCAUCAACGCCUACGACUGCAAUGCCAGCGAUGAAUCGGAGCAGCCAGUGUCCAUCAUGCUGAACAACAUGGAGUCAGAGAUUGUGUUUGUGAAUUUGGCUACACCUCAAGAUCUGCAGAACGAGAUGUCCAGGUCUAACCCGCCGGAUGGUUGGAUGAUCGUCUACAGCAUCACAGACAAAGCAUCCUUCCAGAGAGCUGGGGAGGACCUAUCGAAACUGAACAGCAAUGCUCUCCUCCGAGGGCGAGCAGUCAUCCUCGUGGGAAACAAGUGCGAGCUCGUUCGCUCGAGAGCUGUCAGUAUUGAUGAUGGCCGUGAUCUUGCCUGUAGCUACGGUGGCAAAUUCAUGGAGAUCAGUGUGGGCAUGAACCACAGGUGCGACGAACUUCUGGUUGGAGUCCUAAACCAGCUUCGUCUUAAAGGAGAGAUGGAGCCAGACGACGAGGAGGAAGCUCCCAAGGAAAGGAGUUGGACAAGGAACCGCAGCCUCAUGAGAGCAUCCAUGAAGGCGAAAAGGGUUAUCAACAGGAUUAUGGGAAAAACUGAAGCAAAAUAUAAGAAUUGCGAGGACUUCCAGAGCUAGGGUCACAGGAUGAGUAGCUCCCAAAACAAUUAGGUCUUGCAGGAGCCUCAAGUGCUGACGAGAUCAGUUCAUAGAUGGAAACAAAAGAAGCCCUCCACUUAGCCCCUCUUUUUAGAACCUGACUGGGCAAACGAGGGUUGUGACCCAGCCUCACAAAAAAAUAAAAAAAAGAAAAAACCUAGACCUCGACACGUUCACUUUUAAGGUAAUGGUAAGAUAACGACGAUGGUAACGAUGCUGAAAAAGAUCUUCCUCUUCGUCGCCCAAGCCUUAUCGUCUCGGGUUCAUCUCUCUGAAAUCAUCGUCGUCAUCGCUGCAGACAAAUGAACCCCUCAGUCCUCUCACGUGUGUGAGGGAACUGUGUUGAUCGUGAACUUUUAGAUUUUAAGCAAAACAUUUUACUUCUCUUGUAAAGGAUAGUGUGCUAGAUAAUUUGCCAGUCAUAUGGCCCCUUUUGGAUGGCGUCAAUUCUUUGGUGGUUUCUAUUUCCUUUGUAUCUUUUGUCGAGUUCUUGUGGUUCUGAUGAGAAGUGCUGUUGCAUGAAAUACCCAGGAAAGAAAACGAAGUGCAACGGUAAUGAUGACACUUCAUCUGUAGAUAGAAAAUGAUACAUAUAUAUAUUAUAUAUAGUAUAGAUUUUCAAAAACAUAGGUAAUAAUGAUGUUCUUUUUUCCCCCUUCAGAUACUACUAUUGCAUUUUAUCUCUAAGAUUAUAUACUUCCAUUCUCCAUAUUCGUCUUCUCUAAGCAUCUUUGAAUAUAUUAAGAGACUCCCCCCCCCCCCCACCCCCCACUGCGGAAAAUGUGAAGCCAAACAUAGCUCUGUAGGUUUGGUACAACACUACUUGGAAAUGACAUCCUCAUUUUCUCUUAUCGAUCUCUUUUUGCUGACUAGCGCCGGGAUGACUUUCUGCUUAGCUCCUAGGUGACUUGUGUAUCAGGAUGCUGACACUCCUGCCAGCAAUCGGCUGACGAUGAAUGUGCAACUGGUGUCUGGUGUUAUGAGCUUACUGACAUUGUCUGACAUUUAAUGCUUUAGGUAUUGCAAACGUUUGUGGGACAGUAAGCAAAGCAUAUAAUGCAUUGCAUAUACAUACAUACAUAGAUACAUACAUACAUACAUACGUAUAUAU